UGAGUUUAGAUUUAUUCAAAGUCCCAUUUUUCAGCUGUGGGAAAGGUUCUGACUUUCCGAGAUCGUCAGCGUCGUGCCUUAACUUUAAACAAACCUGAUAUCAGGGUGCGAUGACUUUUUUCCCAAAGUUAAUGUGAAACUCUGAACAUUUGGAUUGUAGAGAGCAUCAACAGCAGCGAAACACAAUGGCUUCUAAGGUUUUGGAGGAGGAUUUGUCCUGUCCUGUGUGCUAUGAAAUCUUUAAGGAUCCUGUUGUUUUAAGCUGCAGUCACAGUGUGUGUGAAGUGUGUUUGCAGCAGUUCUGGAGGAUCCAAGAGUCCAGACAAUGUCCUGUUUGUAGAAGGAAGUCUUCACUGCUAGAACCUCCUAUAAAUCUGGCCUUAAAGAACGUGUGUGAGACUUUCGUGAAGGAGAGAAGUCAGAGAUCUUCAUCAUCAUGUGAAACAGUCUGCAGUCUGCACAGUGAGAAACUCAAACUCUUCUGUCUGGACGAUCAACAGCCGGUGUGUUUGGUGUGUCGGGAUUCAACGAAACACACCGACCAUAAAUUCUGCCCCAUCAAUGAGGCAAUAACGGAUCGGAAGGAGAAGCUCAAAACUGCACUGAAGCCCCUACAGGAGAGACUGAAGAUCUUUAACGACUGUAAACUGAACUGGAGUCGGACUGCAGAACAUAUAAAGAUUCAGGCCCGACACACAGAGCGUCAGAUUAAGGAGGAGUUUGAGAAGCUUCAUCAGUUUCUACGAGAUGAAGAGGCAACAAGGAUCACUGCACUGAGAGAGGAAGAGGAGCAGAAAAGUCAGAUGACGAAGGAGAAGAUUGAGAACCUGAGCAGAGACAUAUCAUCUCUUUCAGACACAAUCAGAGCCACAGAAGAGGAGAUGAGAGCUGAAGACGUCUCGUUCUUACAAAACUACAAGGCCACAGUGAAGAGAGCCCAGAGCACACUGCAGCAUCCAGAGGAGCUUUCAGGAGCACUGAUCCAUGUGGCCAAACAUCUGGACAACCUGAAGUUCAGAGUCUGGGAGAAGAUGCAGCACACUGUCCAAUACUCACCUGUAACUCUGGACCCCAACACUGCUCAUCCUAACCUCAUUGUGUCUGAUGAUCUGACCAGUGUGAGACUAAGUGAGAAGACACAAAAGCUUCCAGAUAGUCCAGAGAGAUUUGAUAAAUAUUGGUGUAUCCUGGGCUCUGAGGGCUUUACCUCAGGGACUCACUGCUGGGACGUGGAAGUUGGAGACUGUACAUGGUGGACCCUGGGGGUCAUAACAGAAUCUGCUCAGAGGAAGGGAGAGAUAUACUCCAGAAAUGGAAUCUGGUGUGUGUGGUUUAAUAGCGGUAAAUAUAACGCACAUGCUCCUCCAUAUCCACCCACUCUCCUCCCAGUAUCACAGAAACUCCAGAAGAUCAGAGUGCGGCUGGACUGGGACAGAGGAACACUGUUGUUCUCCGACCCUCUAACUUACACACACAUACACACUUUCACACACAGAUUUACAGACAAAUUGCUACCAAUUUUAAAUGUUGCUUGUAAAAAAUCUUCACUAAAGAUCCUUCCAGUGUAGUGCUCUGUAAAAGUGAAUCAGAUCAGUUAGGGCAGUGAUAUUGUUUAAUACAAUUUAUUAAUAAAAUUUGCUGAUUUAAAGAUUUGUAUUCUUUGUAAAAGUGUUUUGACAGAAACACUAAACUGUUCAUUUCGAAUUUAUUUUAUAUCAUUUUCUUUUACUCAUCUCAUCAGUUAUAUUAAAAACCCUGAAUAUAAUUAUAAUAUUAAUAGAUUUACAUUUUUUAUACUCAA